CUCAACUUUGAUGACAUGAAGAGACAACACUUCAAUGAAAGGUUUACCCAAAAGCAUACAAUUAAAGACUUUUUCUCUGUGGAUCAGUCAAAGGCUAAACAAAUGAAAGAAACAAAAUUAAGCAAACGACCCAAACUCGAUGUCCAAGAAGUGGCAUUUGUUAAAGAAGUUACCAAAUGUAGAGAUAAUAACUAUCGAGAAGUGAUUAAUAUUAAUGAAAGUCAAGAAUCUAUAGAUUGUUCUUCAAAUGUAAAUAAGGUAUCAAAUAAUGUGAUAAUUGAAUCGCCUCGUUAUGAAACCCCAGAAAAAGCACUCAAACAAGUGUUUGGUUACGAGUCGUUUCGAUCAUCACUUCAAGAACAUGCCAUCAAAUGUGCUAUCAAUGGUAAAAGUGAUAUCUUUGUUUCGAUGCCAACGGGUGCCGGAAAGUCACUUUGCUUUCAAUUACCGGCCAUUUGUGAUACAAACAAACUCACAAUAGUUGUGUCACCACUUCUGGCACUCAUUAUAAAUCAGGUGUCGGCGCUUAGGAAGAUGUCAAUCAAUGCUCAAACUAUUAACUCUACCCUGUCUUCAGCCGAACAAAAGAAUAUAAAAACUCAUUUAAUGUCCGACAAAGUGACCAUUAAAUUGUUGUACAUCACUCCUGAAAUGGCUGCCACAUCUAAUUUCCAAUUAAUUGUUGAACAUUUGUAUAAAACCAAUCAAUUGGGUCGCAUAGCCAUAGAUGAAGCUCAUUGUGUUUCUCAAUGGGGACAUGAUUUCAGACCUGAUUAUCUAAAACUCGGUCGCCUUAAAGCAAGAUAUCCUAAAGUUGUUUGGAUUGCAUUGACUGCCACUGCUUCACAAAAAGUAGUCGAAGACAUUAUUUCACUGUUAAAACUUCGAGAACCGAUUGCGAAGUUUGUUUGUUCUAAUUUCAGACCAAAUCUUGUUUAUGAUAUUGUAUUCAAAGAUUUGUUAAAAAAUCCUAUCGAAGAACUCAAAGAAUUUGUAAUGGAAGAGAUCGGACCGGAAUGCCUACCGGCGCCCAAAAGUGACAAAUUUUGCAGCGCUAAGAGUUUUAGUGAAAGACCAACCAAAAUGAAUACAAACGUUGGAAUUAUUUACUGUCGGACGCGAGCUGUUUGUGAUGAAAUCGCAAGUGAUUUGAGUAAGUUUGGCAUUAAAUCAAUGGCAUAUCACGCGGGACUAACUAAUCACCAGAGAAAAGAGUGUCAAGAAAAAUGGAUGAAAGGUAUUGUCAAAUGUAUAGCCGCGACGGUUAGCUUCGGUAUGGGUGUCGAUAAGGCUGACGUGCGUUUUGUUGUUCAUUGGAAUGUUUCACAAUCAUUAACCGGGUAUUACCAGGAAUCGGGUAGAGCUGGUAGAGACGGCAAACCUGCUAAAUGCAGAAUAUAUUAUUCAAUUGAAGAUAAAAAUGCCAUUUCAUAUCUUAUACGUCAAGACUCAGAAAAAAAGUUAAGUCAAAGCACUUCAUCUAAUUCUCAACAAAAUGAUGACCCAAAGCAAGCAUUACGAAGAUUUGAAAAAAUGGUUAAAUAUUGCGAAUCAGACUCCAGUUGCAGACAUUCUUUUAUUCUUUCAGAGUUUGUCAGCGACGACAGUAUUAUUAAGACUGGAUGUAAAACAAGUUGUGAUUUCUGCAAACAACCGAAUAUACUCAAGAAAUCUGUUCAGGAGUUUCAUAGCUUUCACUUUAACAAAAACCUUAAGACUCGUAUCGCUGACCUCAAUGAUGAAGAUGACUGGUCUAUGCCUAAGCACGACGUUCCGCAACACAUCGGCAAAGAUCUCAAAGAGAAAUCUACAAAAGAUUUUUCAAUGGUUGAUAUCGUUAAAAAAGAAUUCAAACGUCGAAAUAAAACAAAUAACAUGAGAUCAGAAGUACUUAAUGGUCAAAGAAGUUUUAUUAGUGCCAUCGAUGCGAUGGCUACAGACGUAUUGGAACCGAAAAACAUUAAGAUUAAAGACGUUGAUCUUGUAUUAAGAAAUAUGUUUGUCGACAAACUUAAACAAGAGAUAACUCAACACUACAAUGAAGUCAACUGUUUGGACAAAUCUAUAUCACUGGAGGUCUCAGAUAUCACUAAAAUCGCCGCCGAGUUUGAGUUAAGUGUAUUGAAGAUGAAAAAUUCAAAGAUGUCUUACAGAGCCGGUGUCGCAGAAUUCAUACGUUCACUCAAAAACUCUACCAAAAGUUCUACUAUUCAUACAUGUCUUAAAAAUACCGGUAAUACCAAUGUCUCAAAAGUAGUUAAUUAA